AUGACAAAACAACAAACACGAAAUUGGGCUGAUUGUCCUAUUGAUGAUUCUGUUGUUGAAACAUCAUCAUCAUCAAAUGUUAAGAAUAUUUUAACUAGUGAUGAUGUUGAUGAUAUUCAAUUUGUUUGUGAUAAAACGUCAAAAUUACCUACACCUUCACGUUUAAUGGG